UAACUGAUGCCGCAACAAAGUGAUGGAUCCUCGGAUGUGCAUGUGCUACGCAGUAUCGCGAGCAGAGUUCCUAGUGGACUCAGAGCAUAUAGUUUCUCAGUUUGUAGAUGAGGAUUCCAAUUCUCAUACGACUGAAGCUCGAACUGUAAUCACGACAAAAAAUGCAAGCGGCGUACUCGUGUGUCUUUCUGGUUGGUUUUGCGUCUUCCUAUCUUGAUUGCGCACACGCCAGUUCACCCCUGCUUACCGCUGAGCCAUUAAGUGGGCACUCACGACGAUCAAGAAGCCGCGACCUUGAGGAUGUCGAUGCAGACGUUUCCCUGUCGUCUUCGUCAGACGAGGUAGGAGACGCGUCAGAUGAAGAGUCGUCAUCUUCAGAUUCAGACGAGGACUCAAGAAGUGGUGGAGGCGGUAGCGGACUUGCGUUUUUAGUGGGAAUAAGCUGCCGGGCUACGCAACGCUUGGUGAAUUCAGCGUCUCAAGCCGUCAAUUCGGCGAGUGGAUUACAGGUGUAUGACACUUCUUCCAGUAGUUCGACUUCGAGUAACACUGACGGAGGACGUCAUCAUCGUCCAGUAGGGUCAGAUCAUGGGCUCGUUUUCUCUGCGCUCAACCAUCCUCCACCAUCUGGCGAAGCUGUGCCGAUGGACGUGGACCUGGAGGCUGGAGACCGAAGCGAACAUAUAGGCAACGAAAGUCUUGAUGUACUUGUACUACCUGUUGAUGCAACUGCAGCUUCUUCAUCUACAAUUUCUGAAGAUUCUGCACCGCAGAUUUCAACGGUACAAGCUUGCGAGGUGCCUACACAGUUUAAGUUGGAGUCAGGAGGGGAGAUGGAAUGCUUCAUCUGUAUGCGCCGAUGGGAAGUGUUGGAUCGAAAAGGCCGAAGGGAGCGACGCAGAGCCGCAAGGUCAAGCAUUUUGGCGCGCGAAAGAGCAGAGAGACGAAACGCGAUGAAAGAAAAAUUAUUGUGUAGUUCAAAAGAUGGACUGCUGCGCUCAGGACCAGUUGCCGGAAUUCAGGAUGCGCCAUCACGUCUCAGGGUCGAAGGAAGCAAAGGCACAGGGUUAAGAAUGCCUCGCAACCGAGGUGUACUGGCGAUGGCACCAGAACAAGUGCAACUGCCUCCUUCCUGCUCUGCUAGUAUGAAUGGUCUGCGUGGUGACAAUUUGGUCUUGGACUGCAGCAGUGGUUCUCUCGUCUCAAUCGGAGGCUUCACCUACGCGAGCUCCAGCGACCCGAUUUCUCCAGCACUGCGAUUAGCGCUGUUAUGGCUGACAACAUGUGCAUGUCUAGAACGAAAAUUAGAAUGUUCGAGGAGGACAGCGAAUAGAACAAGAGCAUCAAUAGGAUUUUACGAAGAUUGACAUUGUUCAUCCUGUCGUUGUCCGUCGUAUCUUCGAUGAAUUAGGUAUUGUGCGUUUUGAAAUAAAGGUGAAGUUUUAGUAUAAUUUCGAUAGCUUCAUCAGAAGUCGACGAAGAGCCUGCUUCAGCGGAGUAUGCUGUCAAGGAUGCUGGUGAUGAGGCGACCACAACACCUGAGCACCCCAAUCCCAGAGGUCCAGCAGGAUCUUCAGCACGACUUACGGAUGAAAUUCUGUGCUCUAGACGCCGACAAUGGCGCGCAGAGGUUGGUCGAUUGAAGAGUGAGGAGCCUUGGGUAGAGUAUCGGCGGUGUAGGCAUCGGGUGUGUGGCGAGUGCUUCACGCAAUUUCAUUUGCGUGGGAUGAGUUUUUCUGGAAAGUGUCCGUUCUGUAAUCAAGGAUCGCGCACUGGUCUGGAACAGACGAAUCAGGAAGAAGAUGUAGCGGCUCAUCUUCUUUUCUUGGACGGGACAACGCCAGAAGACGUUGUGACCUCGCAGACGCCUAGAGGACAAAGACGAGGAUCUUUCGAUAUACCGCAUAUUCUGGCACGCCGGGGAGUUCUCGCACGAGGACGGAGGAGGCACUCGCGUCCUCGUCUCAACGUAAAUGCACUUAUCUCGCUAGAGAGAUGGCGCCAAAUAGAUACUGGAGCCCGAUGCUGUGGGGAUUGCUGCUUACGCCUUGUCGGAACCAUCGUGUCCACCUACUUUGCAUCAUGGUGCGCGUAUCAUAUCCUACAUCUUGAUAGAGGGUCGAAAAACCCACUCGGAUACUACUGAUCACUUUUCCGUUUCGCAUACUUCUUCAUUUUGAAGAUCAUGUUGUCUGAGAAUAAUGUUAUAAUUGUGUAUGACUACUCGAAACUUAUCAUGCCUAUGUCUAUGAACAUUCUGGGCUAGUGCAUGAAAGUUAGUUUGAACAAGGUGGAGAUGCAUAGAACAGAUUUUCUUGAAUAUAUAGUGAAAGAAAGUGUCUAGUACUGCUCUUUUUGAGUUUCGAAAACUUCAACUUCUUAAAUCAGUGGGGAAGGAUAAGUAUUGAAGUUAGAAACUUGUUGUAGAAAAAAAUUUAAUGGUCGUGGAGCUAUCAGUUGGAUGCUCGUCUGUGUUACAUAGUUGUCGUACUAUGAGGAAUCUCAUCCAUGUGCAAAACAGAACACACAGGAGCAACAGUUGUAUUGCCGUCUGCGGAAUCAAAAACACUUAACUUUUUCAUUCGAGGUUUAUUUCAUGCAAUUCAUUGCAAAAAUAUUAAGAAACUGCGAAAAUGCGCGAC